AUGCCGCCGCUUUCGAGAGGCCCUGAACUGUCACCCGUCUCUACGACGAGCGAAUGGUCUGGUGUCAACAAUUACAACCAACUGCCCCGAAAUGACGGACCCUUCGCAGUAAAGCCGACUGACGAGUUCUUGCUCUCCAAACCUCAGCCCUCGAUGCGCCCUCCCCCAAAUGCCGGGAUGAACUUCACUCCUCCGUCGUUGGACGCCAUGGGACAGCGUCGUCCGUCCGAAUCUGGCUCGCGAGGGUCGUCACGCGCCGGUUCUAUCGCCAAUUCCCGGUCCAGCGAUGGCACCAUCUCGGACGAACAAAGCAGAAAAUAUCGGAGAAUGGAGGCAGAGCUGUUUCAGCACUAUACAAUCCUGAAGGGUUUUCUCAAGGGUGGUUCUCAGGCUCCUCCACGCCCUAACAAGGCUCGGGAUAAGCUCCUACGACUUUCACCCGUGCAGUUCCACGAACUAAGCACCGAUGUCUUCGACGAGUUACAACGGAGACAAGCCUCAGCCCCCCUUCCUGGACGCCCACCCCGCCAACAAAACAUUCCCCCCUUUCUUCAACCGAGACCCGAUUUCCACGAAAAGAGAAACCAGGCCAGGCAGAAGCUCUCGUCGUUGCAGACACCUCGGUUUCGCGACUUGUCAACUGACGUCUUUUGCGAGUUGGAGCGCAGAUUCCCGCAGUUUGCGAGACCCGACGGGGGGAGAAGAGACAGCGCCCGUUCACAAUCCAGAGGUCCCACCGCCUCGUCCAGAGAUGGCCCUCCAGUACCCAAUGGCUUUGGUGCGCCGCCCAGAACCCAGUCCUUCGGUUCCUCGGGUGCACCGAAUUAUCCUCAGAGACAAGAGUCGGUAUCUAGUCUCCCUCAGUUUGAGAAUCUCCCCCCACCCAGCGACUAUGGCCGACCAAUGGCGAGACAAUUUCAGAGCAACACCAUCACGCCCAAUAAAAGUAUGAUGGUCGAGGACGAGGACGAUUCCCAGACCACAGACACGAAAUACGAUCGAUCUAGUGAUGCGUUUGGGCUCGAAAGCUCUCUUACUAGCCCAAGGAGCGAUAGGGAUACAUCUGCGACAUCGCAAAGUCUUGCUAGCGUGAACUAUCCCAAGCCGAAUCUGCCGAGCCUUGCGGAAUUGCAAGAAAAGGUCUCUGAUUUAGAAACAAACCUUGAAUCAAAGGAUGAGGAAUUGCGCCAGAUUAAAAGACAAAACGAAGAAUGGGUCAUUACGAAACAGGAUCUAGAGAAGAAACUUGAAGAGGCAGAAAGCUUGAACAGGUCACUCAAGGAGGAGAUCGAAAAGCUCAGAGCCGAAACACCACAUUACAGCGGUGAGAAUGUGCUUUGGAAGACCAAAUUCCUCAAGUUGGAUCAGGACCAUGGGUUUCUACGAGAACAACUGACGCAACAGCAGCAGCUGACAGAGGAAGUUAGCAGACAAGGUCAGGCAUACCUCGAAGAGAUGAGGGCGAUGGCGGAAUCAGGCGGAGGCAGCCUUGAACGAGAAGAAAAGCUGCAGGUCGAUGUCCAGAAACUCGAAGAGGAAGUAAAGAAUUGGAAAGCCCGUUAUGUGAAGGCCAAAGCACAACUUCGCAGUGUCCGCGCUAGCUCGCUGGGGCUCAACAUUGCCCGACCCGAUGCGAGCCAACACGCCAUGGCUCUGCAGGACAGGGAAGGACUGGUCAAAGAUGUUCAUGUCACCAAAUUUCAGAUCGCGAUUGAUGAGCUACUUCAAAUUGCCAGGUCUGACAGUCCAUCAGCUGUACUUGACCACAUGAAAACGGUGGUGUUGGCAGUGCGCGGGAUCACGUCAGACAUUGAUGCUGGGUCAUCGACAGAAAAGGACGACGAAAUGGCCAAGCGACGGGCCAAGCUCAAGACCAAGGUCUCGGCUACAGCGAACAACUUGAUCACAGCUUCGAAGAAUUUCGCUUCAGCUAGUGGGCUCUCGCCACUGAGUCUUUUGGAUGCUGCCGCUUCACAUUUGACGGCAGCCGUUGUUGACCUCCUUCACACUGUCAAGAUUCGCCCUACACCCGCCGGGGAAUUGGAAGAUGAUGAUGAACCGACAUUGGAACCGCUGCAGAGCAACGGAUAUUUUAAUAUCGCUGAGACAUUGAGAAGGCGGAGCGAAGUCGAGAGCAUCUAUAGCGCCCUCAGUACCCCAUCGGCAACGCGAAAUGUCUCGAAUCGAGCCGGUUCAGGCCUUCUUCAACGCGGUGGUUCAACCUACGUGAACGGUACCGGACUCGGCAUCAAAUCGGACUAUGGGACCACUCAAGAGGAAGCUGAUCUUGAGGAUCUCAAGAUGUACCUUGAAGAUCAGACUGAUGGAUUAGUCCAAUCCAUCACCUCCCUGGUUGAUACCAUUCGGCAAGACGAGGCCAUGGCCACGAUCCGAAAUCAUAUGACGACCAUUUCUGCCACGAUUGAAAACAUUGUCAACUCAGUGGACAGGACUGGGAACGAGCCAUCCUCAUACCAGGGCACCUUAAGAGAGAAAUCAAGUCCGAUCGUGUCGAUUUUACGAGACUGUCGAGAGCAGGUGUUGCAGGCAAGCAAUGAGCCUCCGGAAGACAAAGAAUUUUUGCAGCAACUUCCUCCCCUUGCCUUUAAGAUCGCGCGGGAAACCAAGGAAUUGGUAUCUAGAGUUAUGGCGAUUGAAGCUGGUCCGGUCAAAGGCGGCGAGGAUGAUUUCAGCUGA